AUGGAUGAGAAUCAGAAUAAGAAACAAAAGCUGCAAACUACUACUAGUAGUCAGUUCAACAAGCACCACCAAUUCCUUAAGAUGACUUUGAAGUUUCUUGUUUGUGUCUCUCUUUUAUCAAUCCUAUUUUCUUACUCCUCAACCUUGUCUCACCUCUUCUACUACUUCAAAUUUCACUUCUCGACUUUAAUUUUCCCACUUUUUAGCCAGACUUUUGAGAGAAAGUAUAUGUUCCUUAUUUGCAACGGAAUCAUUGCUUUUCUCGCCAAAAACUUGAGCUUUGCUAGCUCUUCUUAUGAAGAUGGUGUGAAGCCAUUGUACACAACCGAAGCACAACUCCAACAUAAGGAAGCAGCCAUGGAAAGUACUCUAGGGACUCUGGAGAAGAUAGAAAAACAAGAAAAUGAGUCUAUGGAUAUAAAGGUACAUGGAAGAGAAAGUCAAGAUAUGAUCACUGAAACUGAAGAUGAUGAAGAACAAGAAGCAAGUGGGUCAUUGAUUCCACAAUUAAAUAUGAGUUCAGAAGAACUAAACAGAACAUUUGAUGAAUUCAUAAGGAAGAUGAAGGAAGAAAUCAGGAUUGAUGCUCUAAGACAACCAAUUGCUGUGUAA